AGGAGCAAUCAUUCUAUCGCAUGAUUUUGUGGAGUUAUUCUAGGAUCGGUUACACGUAUUCACUUGGUCGAGAGCAGUCGUCUGGCAAACGUCGUGGCGUGAGCCUUCAGGAUCACGCAAGGUCAAGGAAAUUGAAUUGUCAUCGUCUAAGUGUAUCUCAAGGCCAUGGGUUAUUUGAAGUCAAUUGGCACUUCAUUUAUCUACAUCGCCACCUUCUUGGCGGCGAUAACAUUUAUCCCUGGAUUACCACCUGACCUUGAAACAACUUCCUAUGAAUUCAAAUUGCCAGCAGCAUUAAAUGAGAAGCUGAGUGGUCGUCUGAAUGGAGCCGAGAAGUUGUUUGAAGGCCACAUCAAGGGGCCGGAGGCCUUCGACGUAUUUGACGGAAUUCUUUACACGUCUCUCCUAGGGGGUAGUGUCAGCAAAAUUGUUGGAAAUAAAAUUGUCGAUAUCGUGAGAUUCGGAGAGAAUUGCGAUGUGCUCUGGGACGAGGAGACUUGCGGUCGUCCCCUGGGGCUCAAAUUCGACAAGAAGGGAAACCUCUUCGUGGUCGACGCCUACUACGGAAUCUUCAAGGUCAACGUGAAGACAGGUACUUACGAGAAAAUAGUUGAUCCAUCGCAGCCAAUAAGUGGAAAACGACCAAUGAUUCCAAACAGCGUCGACGUGGCCUCCAACGGUGAUCUCUACUGGACAGACUCCAGCACUGACUUCAAGCUGUACGACGGAGUGUACACGAUGCUGGCUGACCCCUCUGGAAGAUUAAUCCGGUACAACGCAGCCUCGAAGAGGAACGAAGUUCUGCUGGAGAAAUUGAGUUUUGCAAAUGGUCUGAGGCUUUCGGAGGACGAGUCCUUCCUGAUAGUAGCUGAUCUGGGUCGCUCGAGGAUCCUGAAGUACCACCUGAAGGGUCCGAAGGCAGGAAAAAGUGAGAUAUUCAUAGAAUCCCUUCCAGGCUUCCCCGACAACAUCCACAGCGAUGGCCAGGGGAAUUUCCUCGUCUCCCUCGCAGUUGUCUGCGAUGAGGAGCAUCCACAGCUCUCCCAGUCUCUGGCACCUCAUCCCUACCUCAGGAAGAUGAUCCUUCGACUGAUGGGACUUGUCGAGGCACCUUUCAAGUUCCUGCAACAGAUCUAUCCGAAUUAUUAUUCCAAGAAAUUGAUUCAUGGAAUUGGACACUUUAAAUACAGUGGAAUUCUGAAUGAUAAUUCUGUGAUUGUUCUGAGGCUGGAUCCCCAGGGGAAGAUCCUGGAUGUUCUUGACACAUCUGAUGGUAGGAUAUCGACAAUUACAUCAGCUUUCGUGCACGAUGGAUACCUGUGGCUAGGAUCAUUCGUCAAUGACUAUCUGGCGAGGGUUCCCCUGGAGAAGGCACUUCCUGGGUUCAAAGAGCUCCAGAAGACGGAGACCUCCACAACCCCUAGACCCACCACAACCCAACAGCCCACCACUCAAGCUCCUAAAAAACAAAAGAAGACUCAACCUGACGUCAAACCCCUCAAGGAGCAGAAGAAGAAAAACGAAAAGUUGAGGGAUGAGAUUUAAUCGUUAGCAAGGAAGCAGAAGGUCAGGAAACAGGUCAAUUAAUUACCUGUCGAAGCUCUUGACUGCGUAUUCGCGGAAUUUCGCAUUUGAAGACUGUCUGAGGAUCAAAGAGUGGGAGGGGGGCAAUAAUUAUUAUGUUUAAUAAUCCAGAACUAUCGAUUUUUCCUUUCUCAUGUCGAGUGAGCUUUUUUGAAUCUAGUUGGAGUAUCUGUACAUUCCAAAUAAUUUUCGGGAUUGAAACUUCCAUUAUUUAUCUCGGUGAUAAGAACUCAAAUAUCGCUAUUAUCAGUGGAAUAAUAAUUAGGCAGUGUGGUGUUGUUAAUGUUGUCCAGGGAUUUUCCAACUGUAAAUACUGUUGAGAAAUACUAAUCUUCCUUUUUCAUUGGUUUUGCAAUAAAACUUUUUCUAUCGGUGAUUGGUAUGUGUUGUACACACGUACGUCGAAUAUUCCAAUAAAUAAAUCACUUGAA